AAUAAUGACAACAUGCAGUAUUUCUUUAAAACUGCACCGCCAAGGCAGCUGGACGCAUUGCAGCAACAAUUAUUUAAGGUGCGACUGCUUACCUUGUUCUGUUACAGCUUUUGGACGAAUAUAAAUUAGUACAUGUGUAGGCAAAUAAAUAGUAUUUUAGAUUAUUAAUAUGCAUGACUUGGAUGGUGCCUAUUGUCGCAUUGACCAAUAGUAUUUCGACUCUCCAGCACGUCACGUCGUUACGCUCGAUGACGUACUGCGCUUGCGGAACAGGGUGUCAGCGUCCUUUCUGCGGCUGCAGCAGCUAGGAUUUGGAACCAAAAUUAUAGGUUAACAGCCAUACAUUUAACCUUGUACGCAAUAAUAACCUCUUGAAUGUAUUGGAGAUGUCUGCGACUGACUGGUACGCGCACAAGUCGCUGGAAAAUGGCGUGUUUUGGAUCCAGGAGCGGUUUUAUGAAUCGGGGAACAGGGCGAAUAUUUGGCUCAUACGCGGGUCCCAUCAGGACGUGGUCAUAGAUACCGGACUGGGUUUACGGAGUCUGCCUGAAUACAUCAAUAGUAAAGGGCUGCUAGGGGACGAUUCGAAGCGCAAGAACCCGCUGUUAGCCAUUGGCACGCAUGUGCAUUUUGAUCAUUCGGGUGGGCUGCAUCAGUUUCAACAGGUGGGCGUGCACAAGGCGGAGGUGGAUGCGCUGGUUAACGGUGAUAACUUCGAGACCGUGACAUGGUUAUCAGACCGCGAGAUCGUGGAGGAUCCAGCACCUGGAUGGCGAGCAAGACAGUACAGAGUCAAGGCGGUUACACCGACACAUAUAUUACAAGAAGGCGACGUUAUCAACCUUGGGGACCGACAGCUUACUGUUCUCCACAUGCCGGGCCAUUCCAGAGGCAGCAUUGGUCUCCAUGACAAGGAGAGCAAAAUGCUGUUCAGUGGUGAUGUGGUCUACGAUGGUUCCAUGAUUGAUUGGCUUCCAUACAGCCGGAUCAGCGACUACAUUCGUAGCUGCGAAAGGCUGGUUGAGAUGGUUGAUAAAGAGGAGAUUGACCAGGUCAUGCCUGGUCAUUAUAACACUUUCGGUAGCAAGCGUCUUCACCGGUUAGCCUCCAACUACAUCGCUAGUGCUGGCGCCUGCCACAGAGCCUCCACCUGCUUGGUGAAGUCCAUUGCCAGCCUGGCACUUCGAGCCUCCAACUCAAGAAGUGCCUGCUAGUAGUUAUGAAAAGGACUACUAUGCAACAACAUCAUUGCAGACCUCAAUAUAUGAAAACACUGAGCAAUACAGUGUGCUAAUGAUAUACAGAAUACAGUUUGAUAGUAUUAUUUGUGAUCAAGGUUCAAAAUAUAUAAAAAACAAAAUGCUGCAUAAUAUCCAUGAAAAGCAUCAAGAACAAUAGUAGACAUUGUCAUAUUUUAAAGGUGCUGUUUGUAAUUUUCAAUGAUAAUGUGUAGAGGUAUCUCAAAGAAAAAAAAAAAAAAAUUGCAGUAUAGUAAGAUUUAUUUUUUUUAUUUUUUGUUCCUUGCCCAAACCAGUUAAGUGCAAAUCCAGCACCACAGCCCAUUUCAUUGGUUAACUCAAUCACACAGUCAGACUUUACUGAUGCAUUUUAGAGUUAAAAAAAAAAAUCAUGAUUUUUUUUUUAAACUUCAAAUAAUAAUAAUAACAAUAAUAAUAGCUCUAAAAAUAAUAGCAAUUAUUAUUAAUAAUUUAUUAUUAUUAUUAUUAUUAUUAUUAUUAUUAUAGUUAAUGUUUUGUUUUAAUUUUAGGUAGUAUUGUACCAUUUUUCAUUAUUAUUAGUAGUAGUAUUGUUGUUGUUUAUUAUUAGUUAUUUAUUAUUAUUAUUAUUUUAAUUUUUACUUCAAUAACUCUGUGUGCUGAAGUCA